AUGAAGAAAAGGACUAUCGACGCAGUUAACGAGGACGCUGCCCAAUCGUUAGUCCGAUUCAACAAUAAGCGACAAAAAAGUGCUUACUGUCCUCUCUGUAGCGAUGUUUUCUACAUCGGCACAGCUUCGUACGACUUCUGCGUUCCCAUUUCCUCCGCCAACGUCGAAAACAGGAAACUCGUCCGGGCUGGGCGACAACACUGUAAAAAGAAGCACCCGACCUCCUUUUUAUGGAACCUUCUUCCGAGGAGGGACAAGUUACUCGCGAAUAUUCCUUCUCGCGAACUCACUUUGGAUGUCGGUCUUGGUUCCGACAAUGAUAUUUUUGAGGUUGAUGCACUUUUUGUAGUAGCGAUGAGCAAGGCUGCUAAGUUGCACCCAGUUGGAGGUGACAGUUCCAUUCAUUUGAUAAGGAUCGGAAUGUUGUGUCGCCUGUCCAUGGCCAAAGCUUGGUUGAAGUGGAUGACAUCGCGGCGAUGUAGCCUGUCUUCUAAACUUGGCAAGGAUAAGGCUAGGGAAGUUAUUAAGAAGACAAGUGACCGCUUAGAAGAACUUAUACUCGCGCUGUCCGACAUUCGACCAGUCUCCCAUUUGCCCCAGGGUGCAACCGAAGUCUUCAACGAAUUCAACCUUUUUGCUCUAAUUCCAGGGCGCCACAGACAAACCUGGCUCGUGGACGGCCUCACUGGCCAGUUGUAG